AUGUUUCCGGGCUUAAAGGCAAGUGAUCGAAACCCUUCCAACAACCCUCAUGUGUGAACCGACGAGUCCCAACCCAGCCACCUGGCAACAUCAAAAAUUGAAAGCAAGAGGGCACAUUAUGUUUAAUCAAUUGAAAAUCGUAUACCAGUAAGACAAGUUGAGCUAGUAGCACUGAACAAAACUUGAGAAAGAUAAGAGAAACGAAAAGUAUAAUUAAAACACUGAGAAGUAAUUUUUGUGUAGAAAAUCGACCUGUUCCGAUUUGAAUUUUGAUUUAAAAACGUGGAUAUUUAAAAUCAAUGAAUUUUACAGUCAAAUCGAAUAUGAUGUCCAAAUAGCAUUUCAAAAAUAAAAGACUUCCUUUUUCGAUUAAACUCAGAGUCAUCUAACUUGAAAUGAAUUACUUAUCCCAUCAGACUAUUUAUAGUUAGGGACCUAAUUGCUUUUUGAGUCAAUUCUGUAUCACUCGAGUUUUUUUAGCACCACCUGGGUACGAGAUUGAGGGAAGCGAGGCCGCACAUAGCGGAGUGUUGCCCAAAACAGAAGACAAGGUGCUAUCGGAAAUAAAAUCAACGGAAGGAAAAGGGAGCGGCGGAAUUAGGGAGGGACAACUUAUGACAGCCGAAGAGAGAAAGAAGAUGGUCGCCAUGAGAGACAGUAAGCGUUAUUUUUACAUUUCAUUCUCUCUCUUCAUCACCGAUGAAACUAAUUCGAGUUAUGAAUUCCAACCUAGAGGCAGAUUUUUUAGAAAAAUCAACAAAUAAUUCAUUGAUUUAUAUUUCUUCAUUAGGCGCAGACUUGUUCUGCGCCAUUUGGGCUUUAGGCUGAGUUCGAUGAGCGUUAGGGGGAAAUUUUUCUCGAAAUCAAAUAUGUUGUAGAACACGGUUUUUAGGGUUUUUUUGACUUACUUUUUAAAAGCUUUUUGGAGCACUUCAAAACAACAUUAUGAUUUUCUAAGCGAAAGUUUGGUAUUGCGUAAAUUUAAGCACGUCUGCAUUUCAAACUGCACUCUAGCAGUUGCGGUGCACCCCGCGUCGAAACGGCCAUCGGGGUGAAACCCCCUCGCUGAACUCAGUGCAGAUUGCAGAAUUUCGCGUUGAAUCCUGCGCACCCCUGGUUACACUCGCGGGGUGUACAGUAAAGUUCAGACGCGGUGCACUCGCAUGUUAGAGGCAGUGCAAUGAGAAAAAGGUUAAAGAACAGACACGAGAAUAGGUGGUAUGAAACACCAGCGAAGAAUGGCGACUUUUCCGAUUUUUAAUAUCGUUGGGAACUUUCCGACGGCCACCUUCCGACGAAUCUUUUUCCGACUUUUUCUCGAUAAACUUUUCGUCUUUAAAUCUCCCUGUAUAAUUUUAGGCAGUUGGUUAAUGAUUAAAACACAAAGAAGUAGAAAAAACAAUGUUUAUAGAUGUUUUAUAAACCGAAAAACUUAAGGGAGAAAAAGUCGGAAAAGGAAUCCGUCUGAAAAGGUGGCCGUCGGAAAGUUCCCUAGCGAUAUGAAAAAAUCGGAAAAGUCGCCGUUCGAACUUUCGCUGGUGGUUUUUUCAUACCACCGAGAAAUAGCCAAUUAAUAACUUUUAAUUAGUUAAAAACUUAAAAAUAGAAGGGACACUUCCUGCGCGUGCUCACUUUUGGCAACAAACACGCCGUCAGUGCCUGAGUUAUUUGACGCUUCAAAAUUGUAUCGUUGUUCGUUUAAAAUUAUGCUACGAAAUAGGCAAAAUGGUAUUCCGAAGCCCCUAGAAACAAUGGAUCCUACAACGAUUUUACCAAGAUACGAGCUUUUUAUGGUGACUUUAACUGGUCAACUCCAAAUUUUGAAAUGUAAUUAGGCCUGUGUAACUUUUUGUUUGGUUACUUUCUGAGAGAACAUUUUUAAAAUUGUGUUCAUGAAAUAUAUUCUGCCGUUAAUAUGAUAAUGAUUCUACUUUUUGAAGGAAACCAGGCGCAAAACGGACUUUUUAGAACUGUUGUCUGAAAAUUUCUGAAAAAGUUUCUCGCUCGAUCUCGUCUCAAUUUUUUUCGAGACGGGUCUUAGAAAAUGUCUCGUCUCGAAAGAUCGAGACAACACGCUAUCUCGUCUCUGCUCUCGUCCCGAAAUUUUUUGAGAAAAUUUGCUCGUCUCGAUCUCGUCUCGAACUCAAAAAGUCCCAUCUCGCACAACCCUGGUUCGCAGUUAAAACACGUUUGAAAUUGUUCAAACUAUAUUAAAAAACUGCAGAUCUUAAUGAAGAGAGAAUUUCUUCGGUAAAUCCUCAUUCAUCGAUUUAUUUUGAGAAUAAGGUCCAGUUCCAGUCAUAAUUUAAUAAAGCUUGAAAAUCAGUAGUUAUUUGGAAUAUUUUCAAAAAACAUGUGAGCUUGUAGGAAAUGAGCAAACAGUGUGAUAAAAUUUGAAGUCGCUUUAUUAUAUUUUGUCCAAAAACCAGAGUAAAUGUUUUUCAAAGUUUCGCAUAAGAACUUUUUAUCCGCUCCUCCUCUACAGAUAAAGACACCAAAUUUUCAGAAAAUAGAAGAACUAAAAAAACAUUGUUUUAAUAGAUUUCUCAAUUUUUCUUUUGGGAUUCUCUAUUCGAUUUACAGCUGACGAUUUGCACCACAUAAUCGUUCCGUUGAGAGAAGAGAGAAAUUUCCAGAUAGACGACGAGACUUUCUUAGAAAAUCUCUAUUUUUUUCAUGGGUAAAACAUUUUGAUUGUACCACAUCGAAAUCGACUGUGUUCAGCUACUUACCGCAAACGGAAACCAGAGCUUUCAUUCGAAGGGCAGGCGAUUUUUUGGUCAGAAAGUGGGAAGGUGAAGCAAAAUGGAAGUUUAGACUACUUAAUAAGGUUAUUCAGACGAAGGAAAUGAUUUCACAGUUUUGUCAGUCGGCGUGCUAUUGAAAUAUACGAGAGAUGAGCGUGAUGGUAAUUUUUUUUUAAAAUCUUUCCAUAGUUGUAAAAUUUUCCAAGUCAAAUUCAUAGCGGUUGAAAAGAUUUUUUUCGCUUCUUAGUUUUUAAACUUUGUAUACCAAAAGUUCUUCAAUGAGGUUUUCUGUUUUUCAUUUAGCUUUUUGACAGUUCCAAUCUUAUCUCGCAAGCCUUUCACUUCCGAAUUCAGACCUCGACGAUACCUAUGAGAGCCGUGAACCCGUGAGGAUCCAGGAUUACAUAGUUAGCCGCAGCAAGGUUGGCGUGUCCAUCGACGGCCAAAUAGCGUUCGACAAUUUGGAAAAACUGAUAAGCUACUACUUACUGCACCCAAACAAGGUAAAAGCUAUUGAUAGAGAAAAUGAGUAAGAUUUCGGAAAGUUUCGAGAAAUGAAAAACGAGUAGUUUAAUUAACUCAUAUUGAAAUUGAAAAGUUCUAAUUAUUUAUGUCGUUUUUUUAGGAGUCACUAAAAAAAUAAAUUUACGACGCCCGUGUCUGAAGCGCUACUUCGAGUUUAGAAGCAACCAAAUCGAAAAAAAGAAGACGGUGAGUUAUAAAAAGCGUAAAAGUCUCAUAAGAAACGAAAAUGAAUGAUCCGUGAACAGUUUCAGCAACAAUAAUGAUGAGAGUUUCUCAAUCUUUAAAUUGUUGACUUUUUCAAUGAUCUGGAUAACUACGUGUUUAUCGGAAAAACGGAACAUGUUUCAGAAUGCGAAAGCAUGUCUCUCGGCACACCAAAGUUGCUCCAAGACAUUUUUCGUUUUGGAGAAACUCCCACUUUCUCCGAAGAACACGCCAUAAAAUUCAGAUCAACAACACAUCGAAUAACUGAUUAAACAACCUGAUAUAAACCCUCACUACAUUAUGAACUGAGCCCAUGUUUUUCAUCAAGAAAAAUUAAAUAAAUCACUUAAGUGACUGAAAAGAGAGGGAACAGUCAAUUCUAAUUUCGAAAUUGGCUGAGAAAAGUAUCUCGAACUAAAAAGUCCGUUUUUGCUGUAGUCUUCGAAAAAACUAUCUGCCAUAAUGAAAUCUCUCUUUUCAGCUCGGAUCAGGCGCCUUUGGAGAAGUCUUCCUCGGAAAAAUAAAUGCAAUAGGAAUAGCCGAACUGAAAGUCGCAGUGAAAGCGGUGAAUACAAUUCAAGGAGUGUUCUUAGAAAAAAAACUUCUCUUCUUGCAGUUGUUGAAGGACGCACCAAACUCCUCUCAGUUAAGUGAAAAAAUGCUCGAAGAAGCACGCAUCAUGUUGUCGCUCCAUCAUGACCACGUAAUCGAAAUUUACGGGUGGGCUAUCGACAAAAAGCCAUUCAUGAUUCUAAUGGAGAUGAUGGACGGUGAGCGUUUUCGCUAUUGCAAACACAUUCAAAAAAAAGCUGUUAUUCAAAUUAGAUCGCAAAAAAAUUGAGAAAAAGAAAAACUCUACUUUUUUUAAAUUAUAGAUUCCAUCUGUUGUUGGGGGGGCUGAAGUAGAAUGAAGUCGCAAUUUUUGUAUGAACGCUAUAAACUUAUAUUGAAAAAAGCUGAUCCUAAAGAAGCGUUAAUUUCAGGCGGGUCUCUAGACAGCUUUUUUUGA